AUGAAUUCAGUUCUAUCACCCGGAACUGGUCCUUUUGUUUUACUCACCUAUUGUCAACGUCCGAAUAAUAUUUAUUAUCAUCACGAAACAGAAUCAAAGUUCGAUACUUGUUAUAAUGGUGGCACUCCAGUUUCAUUUAAACGACUGAAGGAAAGUCAAGUAACAGCCAACGAUUUAUACAACUGGUAUGCACCUAUGACGAAAGUUGAAGAGUAUCAAUCAUAUUUUGAUACCAUCAAUGAAUCAAUGUCGAACAAUAGAUUUUAUUACAACUGUACUCAAAAUGGAUCUUUCGGUGAACAAUGUGAAUACACCUUUAAAUACACAAAUAAUCCAUCUCUGUCAGAUACAUUAACGCUAUCAAUUAAAUCUUAUUAUAGCUAUAAAAGAACAACAGUUGACGAGUUUGAGCAGAUUACCGAUAGCCGAAACUGUUAUCGAAUGUGUUUGGAUAUCAAUAAUCGCACAAAUUUAUGCCUCGAUUGGCGCGAAAUUUGCGAUAGAAAAAUUGAUUGUUUUGAUCUGUCGGAUGAAGAACAUUGUUUAGAGUUGGAAUCGAAUCAAUGUAACGAUAAAUUUGAAUAUCAUUGUAGAAACGGAUUAUGUAUUGAUAAAAGUUUUUCAUUCGAUUAUGAUCCAGAUUGCCUUGAUUACAGUGAUGAGAUAGAUGGUGUUAAUGAUCGCUUAGUCCACGAUGAGUGUUUACUUCUGGAAAACCCCGACUGUGAUGACCAUAUUUGUGGUUCGACCUAUUUCUCAUGCGGUGAUGGGCAAUGUCUUCAAAAUUUCCAACAUUCCGAUCGACGAUGUCGGAAUAAAUAUGAUCAGCUGCAUUUAAGUAAAAUAUAUAGUCGUUAUAUAAAUAAUACAUGUUGGAUCUAUUUUAUUUGUUCAUUCCCCUUUUGGACUGGAAGAAGUACAACUUUCGAUUAUUGUAAAGAAGUAAAUGGAGAUAUAACAAUUCUCAAUCAGAUGUUAAUAAAAUGUCAUUCAGAACUACUGUUAUUUCCAUGGAACAGUUCAAUUACUUAUCCAUUUGUACAAGUGAUAUACAAUGUGAGCAACAGAACUUACGGAAAUGUUAGACCGGACUACAUUUGCUAUGACGCAAUGCUUUGCAAAGGUGCUUUUAUACCCACAGUGUACAUCAAAAAUUUAUCCUGCAAUGAAUAUGAAUAUUUUGGGCUAAAACAAAAUUAUACCUACGGAAAUGACUUUCUGUUGAAUAUGCAAGAUUUAUUUUCAGCAUGUGGUCUCGGUCAUGCACAAUGUAAAAAUGGACUAUAUAAUUGUUUAAUGAACUCGAAUUUGUUCAUUUGUUUAUCUCCAGAGCGUUUACUCGACGGGUACAAUAGGGUUAUCUGA